GGCUCUGGGGAUUGUAAACAUUCAACCAUCAGUAUCUAGUGAGUUAAAAUGAAAUAUACAGCGGUAAUUUUUGUCUUCUUUGGUCUUGUCUGUUUGUCAAGAUCAGCAACUUACGAGGACAAAUAUGAUAAAAUCGAUCUAGAUGCCUUAAUCAAGAAUGAAAGGCUUUUGAAGAAUUACGUGAACUGCUUGCUGGACAAAGGGCCCUGCAGACAAGAUGGACUCGAACUGAAAAAUAACUUAUCCGAUGCUCUCCAGACAGAUUGCACAAAAUGCACGGCUGCACAAAGAGAUGGAUCUAGGAAAAUUAUCCGUCACCUCAUCCAGAACAAGCGUGAAUGGUGGAAUGAAUUGGAAGUCAAAUAUGAUCCUAAGAAAAUUUAUGUCACCAAAUAUGCUGCUGAACUGAAAAAAGAAGGCAUAGUUUUAUAAAGCCAUAAUUGAAUAGAUGUUGAGUUCCUAUUGUUAAAUUCGAAAUUCAUUCUGAUGUAAGAAUAAUGUGAUUCAAAAAAAUGUAUUUUGUAUAUAUUUAAUAAAAUGAAUAUCAAUAA